UGACAAACAUUGCACACAUAACUAAGAAACCUUGAACGCGCAAACAUUGGCUGUCGUUCGCCGUCGGAGACGAGGGUGCGAGAAACAUAAGACAGAAUGACGUCCAUCUCAAGCGAACAGAAUACACAGCCCAGCCCCCAGCUGCUGUCCGUAGGAGAAAAGGACCGUAAACGACUUUUAGAAGUGUACGUCAAACGAAGUCUGAGCCUGAACGAUGGAUCCCAGUGUCCCAGGAGACAGGAGCAAAGAUCACAUAAAUGGGUCACCAUAGCGGAGAGGAAGAAAAGAGAUCGCAAACAUUCCAGUGACACAUCCCUUAACUUGAGUUUACAAAACUCUAUCGCAGAUGAGGAUGUUGUACAAGAGGCCUUCGCUGCAUCUGAACCAGACAAGAAGGUUGAAACGUCGUCUGAGAAGAAAUUCAAAAAGUGGAAAAUUAAAGGCAGUCUGCGUCGCAACGAUGGCUCUAAUGCGUCACAGAAGUGUAACAGCAAACCGAAGAAACGGUUUCAGUUAGAUAAGGCCAAGGAAGAUGAAAACGAUGUUUUACCUCUCUCGACAAAUACUGCUGGAGAUGCUCAAACGAAGAGGUCAGAUGAAUUAGAGUCUUCUUUAGAGGAAAGGAAAACCAAAGAUGGCAAGAAGUCGAAGAAGCCCACAGUAUGGAAGAGUUUCUUGAACUGGUUUUCCAAAGGAAACCAGGAAAAGGAACAAGAUCCUCCGACAGCCGAAGAAUCACUUCCUGUUUCACAACCCUUGAGACCGCAGAUCUCCUGUUUGCCUAUACCUGAGACCCUUUCGAAAAGUGACAGCGGCCUGCGCCGCUCCAAAAAUAUGAAAAAGAAACAAACCAACAGGAGAUCAGCAAAAUGGAGGAGAAGUGGAGAUAUGUCCACAGGAAAGCCUGUUGAGGUGGAGCCAAACGACUGUUACUAUGAGAAAGUGUCGGAGGAGCUGGAGAAAAUUGUGCAUGAAGUAAAGGACGGUCCAGCCGAUGGGAAUGCGGCUUUUCAACCAACUGGCCAGAACGGUGUAAAAAAAGACUAUGAAGAGGUUAUAAAGAGGAUCACAGAACUGAUAAAACAAGAAGGCGACUCUAUAGACGACAAGCUGAAAGACAACGUGGUCGUGAACUCAUUUCUGGAGGGUAUCUCCUAUAGAUCGUUCCAGCAAAUGGCCGACCAGUAUGUACAGUCAGAAGUUCCUGAUAAGAAAACCCAGCGGCCCGUCGCUGCGCCAGAACUGGUGAAGUUCGCAUUUACUCUGGAUUUUACAGCCAGGGUGGCUAAUCUCCAUCGCCAAGCUACAGGCCAAGUCAUGGGCUUCGGGAACCAGUAUCUCCAAGAUCGCUUUACUCAUAUGAGUGAGAGUCAUCCACAUCUCAAUGACACUAAAACAGAGAACUUUGACCAAGACUACUCGAGCAUCUAAAAAAGGUUGUUUGCGAGGACUUACUGUUUGGUACGACUUUUAAACCUUAUACCACCAAACUGGAGACGUGAUGAUGAUGGAUUUUUAAAUACUAUAGACAGAUUGAAAACUGUGAAAAAAUGUUAAGUUAACAUUUGAUUAAUUUAAACAUUUUAUUUAUAACAAAUUGGUGUAAAUCAGUACUCCUGUAGCUCAAUUGAUAGAGCAUUGUGUUAGCAGCAAUUCUCAGGGAACAAAUAAUGAUCAAGCGUACCUUGAAAGUACCGUAGAUGCUUUAAUUGUCUGCCAAAUACGUAAUUAAUGGUGUAGUCUGAUGGCUUUUUUGAGAGGGAGAGAAUUUAAAUGAAAAGUACCUCAUCAUGAAAAUUGAGAAUAUCUCUGAAGAAGCCGCUAGCAACAACUAGCCAUGUUGCAUCUUAAAACAGCAAAUCUUAGUGUGUAAUGCAAUGUUGUGUAUAGAACUGAGAAAUAUGUUGUAACUGUGUAUGCGGGCGUAUACAGAAUAUGUUAACAUUCUGAAUAAAAAA